AUGGGGAUUUACAAGGCUGAUGGUGAUAUCUUUGCGGAUUUUGCACAAGUAAGUGAGUGUUUUCCAAUACCAGUUGUCAGAUUAACGGUCGAUCGCACAGAAUUUUCUGCGAUGGACACCACAAAAGGCGACAAGGGGCAACAGUACACAACUGACGGGCUCUUUGGGCAUUCGAUGAUGCAGUAUCAUGCACAACUACAGGCAACCCCAUUGCACCAUAUGUUCUCCCAAGAUGUCAUUUCACGGCGCGUGUUUACCUUCAUCAUUAAAAAUAUCACAUUGGAAGAUGGCACCGUCCUAGUAUCGGACCGGUCAGCAUUGACUGACACCGGGCGUACAAACCAUAUCUACCGAAAUCAAUUGUGA